UUGAGAGAGUUUGGCUGAAACGUGCUCCUCCUGCUCUCCCUUCUGUCUAGAAACCUUCACCCCACCAUGAGUCUCGAUAUCCAGUGUGAGCAGCUGAGCGACUCGCGGUGGACGGAGCUGCUGCCGCUGAUCCAGCAGUACGAGGUGGUCAGGCUGGAUGACUGUGGCCUCACGGAGGCGCGGUGCAAGGACAUCAGCUCUGCUGUCCAGGCCAACCCCUCCCUGACGGAGCUCAGCCUUCGCACCAAUAAACUGGGCGAUGCCGGCGUGCACCUGGUGCUGCAGGGCUUGCAGAGCCCCACCUGCAAGAUCCAGAAGCUUAGCCUCCAGAACUGCUGCCUGACAGAGGCCGGCUGUGGGGUCCUGCCCAGCAUGCUGCGCUCGGUGCCCACCCUGCGUGAGCUGCACCUCAACGACAACCCGCUGGGGGACACGGGCCUGCAGCUACUCUGUGAGGGGCUCCUGCACCCCCAGUGCCACCUCGAGAAGCUGCAGCUGGAGUACUGCAACCUGACGGCCGCCAGCUGCGGGCCUCUGGCCUCGGUGCUCAGGGCCAAGCAGGACUUCAAGGAGCUCAUGGUGAGCAACAACGACAUCGGCGAGGCAGGUGUACGGGUGCUGUGUCAGGGCCUGGCGGACUCCACCUGCCCACUGGAGACACUCAAGCUGGAGAACUGCGGCCUCACGCCAGCCAACUGCAAGGACCUCUGUGGCAUCGUGGCCUCCAAGGCUUCACUGCGCGAGCUGGACCUGGGCAGCAACAAGCUGGGUGAUGCGGGCAUCGCGGAGCUGUGCCCUGGGCUGCUGAGCCCCAGCUCCCAGCUCAAGACCCUGUGGCUCUGGGAGUGUGACAUCACUGCCGCGGGCUGCAGAGACCUGUGCCGCGUCCUCAGGGCCAAGGAGAGCCUGAAGGAGCUCAGCCUUGCCGGCAACGCGCUGGGUGACGAGGGCGCCCGGCUGCUGUGCGAGAGCCUGCUGGCGCCCCGAUGCCGGCUCGAGUCCCUGUGGGUGAAGUCCUGCAGCCUCACGGCUGCCUGCUGCCACCACUUCAGCGCGAUGCUGGCCCACAACAGGUGUCUCCUGGAGCUGCAGGUGAGCAGCAACAAGCUAGGGGACGCCGGCAUCCAGGAGCUCUGUCAGGGCCUGGGCCAGCCUGGCAGCACGCUGCGGGUGCUCUGGCUGGGGGACUGUGACGUGAGCAACGGCGGCUGCAGCAGCCUGGCCUCGCUCCUGCUGGCCAACCGCAGCCUGCGCGAGCUGGACCUGAGCAACAACGGCCUGGGGGACCCAGGCCUCCUGCAGCUGCUGCAGACCCUCGAGCAGCCCGGCUGCGCCCUGGAGCAGCUGGUCCUCUAUGACAUCUACUGGACGCAGGCGCUGGAGGACCGCCUGCGGGCCCUGGAGGAGAGCAAGCCGGGCCUGAGACUCAUCUCCUGAGGCCCUGCCCCACUCCCGAAGCCC